UGUUGUCACCCGACUACCAAGAUGGCGGCCCCCAGUAGCUGCCUUUUAUGGAACUACUGCGGCCGUGGGUGGUCGCCGGCGAUGCUGUUCUGCCGGCUCCCCGGGCUUCGUAGCUCCUGGCCCGGGGGCCCGCUGGGUGCGCGGCUCUUGUCCCACGAGAAGCAGUCGACAGAAACGCACUUCGGGUUUGAAACGGUGUCGGAGGAGGAAAAGGGAGGCAAAGUCUACCAUGUGUUUGAAAGCGUGGCCAAGAAGUAUGAUGUGAUGAAUGAUAUGAUGAGUCUUGGUAUCCAUCGUGUUUGGAAGGAUUUGCUGCUCAGGAAGAUGCACCCGUUUCCUGGGACCCAGCUGCUCGACGUUGCUGGAGGCACAGGUGAUAUUGCAUUCCGGUUCCUUAAUUAUAUUCAGGCUCAGCAUCAGAGGAAGCAGAAGAGGCAGUUGAGAGCCCAACAGACAUUAUCCUGGGAAGAAAUUGCCAAAAAGUAUCACAGUGAAGAGGACUCCUUGGGUGGCUCCCAUGUCAUGGUCUGUGACAUCAACAAAGAGAUGCUCAAAGUUGGAAAGCAGAAAGCACGUGCUCAAGGAUACAAAGCUGGACUUGCUUGGGUAUUGGGAGAUGCUGAAGAACUGCCCUUUGGUGAUGACAAGUUCGAUGUUUACUCCAUUGCCUUUGGGAUCCGGAAUGUAACACACAUUGAUCUGGCACUCCAGGAAGCCCAUCGUGUCCUGAAACCAGGAGGACGGUUUCUCUGUCUGGAGUUUAGCCAAGUGAACAAUCCCCUCGUAUCCAGGCUUUAUGAUCUGUAUAGCUUCCAGGUCAUUCCUGUCAUGGGAGAGGUCAUUGCAGGAGACUGGAAGUCCUACCAGUACCUUGUAGAGAGUAUCCGAAGGUUCCCACCUCAGGAGGAGUUCAAGGAGAUGAUAGAAGAUGCAGGUUUUCAGAAGGUGACGUAUGAAAGUCUAACAUCAGGAAUCGUGGCCAUUCAUUCUGGCUUCAAACUGUAACUCCUUACUGAUCCUGUCGAAAGCCUGAAACUGCGGGAUAAUCUGGCUGAGGCGGCCAGCAGCAACACAUCCCCUCUUAAGGAUGUGUGCCUUGAACUCGUGUUCUGAGUGACCAGUCUCAAAGUGAAAGAAAUCAAUUUCUGUCACUUUAUCAUAGCUUUCAUCAGGAACUGUUUCAGACCUUCUCCCCGGGAUAUUUGGUCUGUUUUUUUGCUCAACUCCUGCUAACUUUUCUUGGCUGUGCAGUGUGUGGUUGAGGCAAAACCAGCACUGAAGCUCAGGCUUGAGGUGUAUUUGUAGCUUGUCAGUGCUGCCUUCCAGGGAGAUAAAAGAUCAUUUGAAAUCGAUGAUGAUUUGAACGAGAAAACUUCCUAACUGUACCUGAGUUAACCUUUCAUCCUAGGACUGAAUCUGGGGCCAAAAGUGAAGGCCCAAAUCAGAGGGCUAGCAAUAACUACUAAAACUGUGCUGAACCAGUAAAUGAGUUUACAGUUUGUGCGGUAUUUAUCCUUUUUCCUUGGGAAGGGAGUGGGGGAAAUAUUCUCUCAGUUCUCUUCAGCCAAAAGACGUUUGUAUCCUCAGUGCCUAUCAUAAGGAAAACAACUCACUAAAUACUUGAAAAAAAAAAAUGGACCAGCAAACUCCUGCUUUCCUGUCUUCUAUAGGGAAUUCUUAGUCAGAAAAUAUUUGAAGGGUUUCAUACCAAAAAAAAGUUUGCAACUGGCCUAACCACCUCCAGUUACUUGCGCAGAGCUCGUUUCUUAUUUAAUACAGUCCACUCUUUGAUGUUAAAAUGAAGCCAUAAAUAUUUGGAGAACAGAUAAAAUCUAAUGUCUUGGGGAGGUCUUGCUAAGAAAUUGCAGAAGUCUAGCAGUUUGUCACUUGUGGAUAACUUAGUUCAGGGCUACUUGAAAAAGCUUCUGAUAUGGUGCUUCCUGGCCUAGCACAGUAGUUUUUUAUGUACUGUCAGUCACUGAAAAGCUUCAAUACACAGUCAUUUAUAUAUAACCUACCUUGAAGAACAGCAGCUAAGUGCAUUUGACCAAAUACUAAACCUUAGAAAAACUUUUAGCUUACAUCUUUUCUUCAGCCAGCUGGAGCCUAUUGGCCUUUAUAAUUAGUAGGAAGGAGCAGGCACUGAAAGUAACUUCGUAAACCAUCAGCCCAGUCCUAUCUCCAUGGUAACAUGGUCUUCUCACAUCUGAAUCAAAAAAUAAAAUAGUUAAAGGCUGCCUCUUCUGACAGUAGACAUGGGCCGGAUUAAAUUAGAACCCCUAAUGUCGAGCUGUCUGAACUUGAUCACCUCUAGGUCUGUGCUGGGGACAGAUCAAUUUGGAAUAGGGCUAACUGUGGAUAAGGCUGAUACAGCUUAGGAAUGCAAAUAAGUUUCUGUUGGGCUUCAAAUAGAAAUAUGGCCACAUUACUAGAAAAGAAAAAGGUGAUAGAAAAAGAUGAACUAUGAUAACACAGUUACCAUAGGUAACCUGAAUCACCCCAAUCCAGCGAGGUCCCACAGUAUGUCACCUUUUCCUGCCAAGGCAGCAAAGAAACUCACCGCCCAUUUUAACUGCCACAGUAAACAAUAGAACAGGUAUUGCUCCUCUACCCUGAUACUUCCCAAGUCAGUCCUAAUGUGGCACAACUUCACUAGGACUUGUAAAACCCUAAGUUUUAAUAAACUUCAAAAGAUGGUACUGACCUAAUGCUGUUAAGGUGGAGCUCGUACGAGGGAGUCAUCACCUAUCACUUCAAAUCUGUAACUCUCUUCCGUGCAGAGGUAGCCUGACUGCUCAUAAAUCUCAACUGCACCUUACAGGUCUCAACAGAAGAUCUUAAAAAGCUCACCUGAACACUGAGACCAGCGGCACCUAGAAAUCCAGGAUGGUCCUUGCCAUUCCCCAACACAGGUGUGAGUUGCUUAAGCCUCUGGCUAUUUCCUCUAUAAGCCAACUCUGCCAUAUUUGGUUUUCUUCACAGGAAGACUAGACAUCCUAAAAUUGACAGCAGGGAACUGUUAAUGGUUAUUUACCCACAACUUUACGUCUUUUAAUAAAAGCAGGAGAAAGAUGUGGCAGUCCACUUCCAUUAAGAUUUACAGCCCUGGAAACCCUGUGGGGCAGUUCUACUGUCCUAUAGGGUCACUAUGAAUCGGAAUCAACGACAUAAAUGGGCUGGGUUGGGUUUGGUUUUUUAAUAAGAAAGCUUCAGUUCACAUCUGUGAAAUGGUUUCUAACCACAGCUAGUUAAAACACAGCACAGCAGGUUAACAUUUAAUUCCUGUAAAGACUUUAUUAGAAGCAUAUGGAAGGCUACUACUCAAAAAUGCUUUCAUUUUCAAUACCAAGGAUUCAAAUUGGUUGUAACCCGUUGAAUUUGCAUUUCCACCCAAUUCACUGAAUCAGAACCUACAUUUACCAAGCUCUCCAGGUGAUUCUUAUGUAUAAUAAAUUGAGAGCCACUGCUCUACUAGUUCUCAGAAUUGGUCCCUAACCAACAGCAUUAGCACUGCGCAGGUACCUGUUAGAAAUGCAAAUUCUCACCAGGCAUUCAAAGUGGUUCAAGGCCCUUUAAUACCACCUUCAAUCUUUAGAGCAUCCUUUGCGGGGAGGGUGAGUUGAACAGCACACAGCCCAACAAAGCAUCCCUAUUUCAAUUCUGAACUUACUUCCACUUUACACAUGUAAAAAGCUCAGCUAAAGUACUACCACUACACAUCCUCCACCACCACCUCGGAAUUAAGACCCAGAACAUUCUACACCAACACCUUUUAACAAAAUCAGCACUUAAGGAUAGUGUUUACCAGGUUAGGAGUAAAAUUUAAUACAAAUUUCUCUGCUGUGUUUCUCAACCUGUAUUUCUAUGUUGCAGAUGGGUGAGAGGUAAGUACUGAAUUAACUAUCUCACAGAAACUCACCUUAAGGACUCACCCCUGAUUAAAUGAUAGACCACCUUCAACCCUAGAUUAUUUGAACAAAUUGUAGCUAACACACACAUCUCCAACAAAUUUAUUGUUUUUCUGAAAGGAAUGGAUUGUGAGGAAAGAAAAAACAUAAGGCAGGGAAAAUAAGGAAUAGAAAAUAAAUACAAAUGUAAGCCGGUUUGCUAAUUGUUUUAUAACCACAACAAACUAGUACAGAGAAGGCCCUGUACAAAACUACACAACAAAGGUACAAAGAUGGAGGCGUUCCCUUCGCAAGGCUGAAGAUCUCAGUCUCUGGUAUUUGGAAUUUAGGCUGCAGUCCUUGUUUUUGGAUGGAUCACUGGGUGUGUGGGCUAGUCCAUGCUUUAACCAGAUUUGAACAGAAGAAUGGCCACUUGGCCCAGGUAGAAGUAGAUGAAGUGCUUAGUUUCAUGUGUCACGUAACUACCGAAGUUUCUCCCCACGAUGCAGUGCCAAGUGGGGUUGUACUUCUUGUCAAACUCCUGAAAUAGAAAAAAAAAAAAAAAUCAGAACGAACUGGAGGUCAGAGCUUCC